CUUUCCCCCUUUUGUCCCGCACCACAUCCAGCGAGAAGCUUUUUGCCUUUUGUGCGGAGGAGGAAGGAAAGCGACGGAAGCGGAAAUAUGCUCGGAAUGUUAGCGGCCCGCUCGUCAGGUCCGCCGUCGUCUCGACGUCUGCGCUUGGUUCUCGGCCGGAAGUUCGUCUACUCGUCCGGAGGCUCGGCAGUUCCAAAGUCUUGAACUUGUCGUAUGACGGACCGGGACAGCAGCUCGUCGGAGGACGACGACCAGUCCUACCGGGAUGAGACCAAAGACUACGAGGACGACGGCGAGACCAGGGACGAGUCCGGCGCGGGUCCCGGCCCCGGCUUCGCAGGCGUGUCGUCCACGCUGCGCGCCGUCAUCCGCAUCAAGCAAAAGUACCGAGCCCUGAAGAAACGGCGCCAGGAGAUGGCGCUGGCCAUGGGGGGGCUGCCGGGGGCCCCGGUCCGCAGCAGCCCCAAGAUUUUCACCUUUGACUCCGCCCCCGCGUCGGCGUCCAGCUCGCCGCAGUGGAAGAAGAGGAAGCGGAAGAGGAGGGUGCUCUACCCCAACAGGAGGCGGCGGAGGGCACCCGGACCGGAACACAGCCCGGCAGAGUUUUGUCUCUACCUGCUCAGCGCGAUUCUCUUCGUACAGGUCUACAACGCCAUCGAGAACCUGGACGACCACGUGAUCCGCUACGACCUGGAAGGUCUGGAGAAGACUCUGGGCAGGGAGGUGUUUGGCCAGCAGGGGGCGGUGGAGGCGCUCCUCUGGCACCUCAAGGACUUCCUGUCUACCUACGUGCACAACAGGCCCCUGGUGGUGUCCCUGCACGGCCCCAGCGGGGUGGGCAAGAGCCACCUGGGGCGGCUCCUGGCGGGUCACUUCCGCUCGGUGGUGGGCGAGCCGCUGGUGCUUCAGUACUUCGCGCUGCAUCACUGCCCCCCGGAGGCCGAGGCCCCGCGCUGCGCCGAGCGACUGGUCUCGCUGGUCUCCGAGGCGGUCGAGCUGGGCGAGCGGGAGGAGAAGAUCCCGCUUUUCGUGUUGGACGAGGCCGAGCACAUGCCCCGCGAGAUCCUGGACGCCCUGCUGGGCCUGGUGGGGACUCCCGCGGCCAACCAGUUCCUGAACGCCAUCUACGUGGUCCUCAGCCACCAGGGACACGAGCUCAUCACCGAGCACCUGCUGCGCAACGUCUCCGCCGAGGCCGACCGAGCCCACCUGGGGCGGGUCUUGACGCCCGCGCUCCGGCGCCACCUGGAGGGCCGCCACCCGCUUUGGGCCCAGGUGAACCUGGUACCCCUCGGCCUCCUGGAGAAAAGUCACGUCAGCGAGUGCUUUUUGGACGAGAUGAGCCGGGAGGGAUUCUACCCGGAUCGGGUCCACAUGGAGCAGCUGGCCGCGGAGAUCCAGUACUAUCCGGCCGUGGGGGGGAGGGAGUAUUCCGCCACGGGGUGCAAGCAGGUGGUGGCCAAGGUCAAUUUGCUGUGAAGAGGACGGGACGGGACGGGACAGGACGGGACGGGACAGGACGGGACGGGACAGGACGGGACGGGACAGGACUGGCCGGCGUGCGAUCGAUCCGACAGACCGCGUUUGAGCUUCAUCCACUUCUUUGCCGGUGGACUGCUUCAAAAUCCACGCACCACUGGGAAUUUUUACAACUACAAAAACACAAAAAGGAAAAGUACCAAAAGGACACUAGCAGCAAUAUUUCCUCCCGUCGUUCAUCAGUGUGACUUGAAAUCAAAGUGAGGGAAGGACAAACGAGACCUUCCUGAACGAGGAGACGUUAGCCGCUAGCUUAUAGCAACCACACACACGCACAAAAAAAAAAUCACUUCUGAUUUUCAUCCAAAGAAGUAAGAAGAAGGUUUUUUUUUUUGUUAAAAGGAACAGCGCAUUUUUAUU